AUGGCGCAGCAGGUCCCUGAGGACAGAUCGGGCCGCCAUGCAGCAGUGCGCCAACUUGCAGAGUCGAUGGGCAUGGAGCUGCCGCCGCUCGACUUGGACGAAGACUUGGCCCUGACAGACCCCAGCGAAGGGGCCGGCGAUGCCACAACCUGGGCCGCGCGCGCCCCGCCGCCCGCCGCGGCAGCGCCACGCGCCCCGUCGCCGUCCGCGCCCUACCCAGGCCCGCCGUCACGGUCACCGCGGGAGGGCGAGGUGUCGCUGGCUGGCUGGAACCCUGACUCGAGCCGCCGUGCGAGCAGCUCAGCUGGCGCGGGCGGCGGCGACGGCGGCGGCGACGUGGAGGCGCGGUCGGAUUACGCUGAGCAGGUGGCCGUGCUGUUGGAGGAGCGGGACGGCCUGGUUGACCGGCUGCUGCUGACCACGCAGAAGCUGCACGUGGCAGAGGCAAAGCAGCGCGAGGGGGAGGCCGCGAAUGCUCAGGUGCACGCGCUGCUGACUCAACUGCAGGACUGCCUGCGGCGCGCCGAGGCGGAGCGCGACCGCGCGCAGAAGCAGCUGCAGCAGCAGGCGCUGCAGGCGCGCCGCGGGGGCGCGUCGCCGGGCAGCGGGGCGCUGUCGCCGCUGCCGCCGCUGCCGCCGCUGGACACGGGCUCGCGGCAGCUCUCGUCAGGCAGCCCCAGCAUGGCGCUGAGCCCGCAGGCCAGCCUCUCGCACCCGAGCCUGAUCCCCAACGACAGCGGCACGCCCACCAUGGCCAGCUUGGUGGCGCUCGCCAAGGAGGCGGCAUCGGCCCUGCCCAAGCAGCAGGGCGCCCAGGCGCCCGGUAGCCCCAGCGGCAAGCACGGCGGCGGCGCGGUGGCCGCGGGCCUGGGCGUGGCUCAGCAUCUUCAGCAGCAGGACCAGCAGUCUCUGACCGGCGGCGGCGGCAGCUUGCCACCCGGCGAUUUGCAGCGGCGUGUGCAGGAGCUCGAGGCCGCCCUGCGGGGCCUGGAGCAAGAGCGGGUGUCCGAGGAGCGCACGCUCUCGCGGCUGCUGGGGCGCGGCGCUGGCGUCGGCCUGAACGCGAUGCUGUCUCAGGUCAAGGCGCCGCCAAGAGGCUUGCGCAGCACGAUGAGCGCAGCACCGACCGUGCCGCAGUGGCGCACGAUGCUUCAGCGCUCGCUCGGCAAGAACCGCAGCCUCGCCUAUGCCAGAUACGUUCAAUUAGCCACCGUGCGCCCAGACGGGCGUCCUGCCAACCGCACGGUUGUGUUCAGGGGCUUCUUGGAUGGCGCUGAUUCUUUGACUUUUGUGACGGACCGCCGCAGCAACAAGGUUUCAGAGGUGGCGUCAAACCCCGCGGCCGAGGUCGCAUGGUACCUGCCCAUCACGCGAGAACAGUACCGCAUCAGCGGCCGCCUGGACAUCGUCCAAGCGGGCAGGGACGACGCGCAGCUGUCGGCGGCGCGCGCCAAGGCUUGGAGCAGCAUGUCGGACGCGGCCAGGCUCCAGUUCCUGUGGCCGCACCCGGGGCUGCCUCGCCUGCCAGAGGAUGAGGGCCUUUUCCUGCAGCCGGCACCAGAGUCUGCAGGGGAGCCUGUGUCCGACUUUUGCCUGGUGGUGCUGCAUGUCGAUGAGGUUGAUUACAUCAACCUGAAACAGAAUCGGCGCAUCAGCUUCGCGCGGGCGGCAGCAGCAGGGUCGCAGGGGGGUGAGGGCCAGGGGCCCGCGGGUGCCACGCUGGGCGAGGCCACGAGCGGGGGCGACGGGGAGGGCGAGGUGCCUUUGGAGGUGCCGCAGCCAACGCCCGGAUGGACCGCCACGGAGGUCAACCCGUGA